GCUCAUGAAGUUCUUAUCUUGGAAAUGGUUACUCAUCUUCUAGAGACCCCCACAGAAGAUUCUGUUGAAGUGGCUAUUGCUACAUUAAAAGAGUGUGGUCAAAAAUUAACAUUGCUUACACCAAGAGGAAUGAGAGCAAUAAGUGAUAGAGUUCGAGAUAUUCUUCAUCAAGGACAAGUUGAUGUCCGUGUUCGCUAUAUGAUUGAAGUAUUCUUUGCAAUUCAAAAGGAUGGCUUUAAAGAUUUUGAAACAGUUCCAAAGGAACUAGAUUUAGUAGAAGAGGAGGAUAAAUACACCCAUCUCCUUAAUCUAGAUGAUGAAUUGGAUGGGCAAGAAAUGCUAAAUGUCUUCAAAUUUGAUCCUGAUUAUCAAGAAAAUGAAGAAAAGUAUAAAUCUGUUGUUAAAGAAAUACUUGGUGACUCUAGUGAUGAAGAAGGAUCUGGUGAUGAUUCUGAUGAUGAUGAGGAGGAGGAUGAAGAAACUAAAGAUGAUGAAAGUCAACAGAUCAUUGACAUGACUGAAACUAAUAUUGUGUGUUUGAGAAGAAAAAUUUAUCUCACCAUACAAUCUAGUUUAGAUUUUGAAGAAUGUGCUCAUAAACUUCUGAAAUUAGAAUUGAAACCAGGGCAAAUACUUGAAAUGUGUUACAUGAUUCUUGAUUGUUGUGCCCAGCAAAGAACUUAUGAGAAAUUUUUUGGAUUACUUGCACAGCGCUUCUGCCAAUUAAACAAGGUGUACGUCGAGCCUUUUACAGAAAUCUUUGAAAAUUCAUAUAAGACUAUCCAUCGCUUAGAGACGAAUAAAUUGAGAAAUGUUGCAAAAUUUUUUGCCCAUUUACUCUACACUGAUGCCAUUUCAUGGAUGGUUUUAUCCAUUAUAAAAUUAAAUGAAGAGGAUACUACAUCUUCAAGUCGAAUAUUUAUUAAAAUUUUAUUUCAAGAACUGUGUGAAUAUAUGGGACUUACAAACUUAAAUGCACGUGUUAAAGAUGUAACUCUCCAGGAAGCUUUUGAUGGCCUUUUUCCAAGAGAUCAUCCUCAUAAUACUAGAUUUGCUGUCAAUUUUUUCACAUCUAUUGGUUUAGGAGGCUUAACUGAUGAGUUACGGGAACACUUGAAAAACUUACCAAAAAAUCCAUUACCUCUAGUACCCGUUGUUGAACCAUCUGAAAAAACAUCUUCCUCAGACUCUUCCUCUUCAUCCUCCUCCUCCUCAUCAUCAUUCUCUUCAUCCACAUCUUCUGACUCAGAUUCAGAAGAAAAUACUGGUAUGUAUGUAAAAUAUAAAAUAAAAAAAUAUCUAAUAAAUUACUUACAUCUUUAUAUAUAUAUCUUCAGAUUUUUCUAUACCCCUCUCCUAGCAUCUACAAUGCAUCAAAAUUUCUCUUGAUUACAUCAUUUUUAG